GAAAAAGGAAAAAGAUGGCAGAUUUGUUCCUCAAUCAGGCAGAGCAAUACUCUGUAUCUAGGCCGAAUUAUCCACAAGAAUUGUUCCAUUUUAUUGCAUCCAAGACACCCCACCAUGACCUUGCCUGGGAUGUGGGCACUGGCAGUGGCCAGGCAACAUUAUCUGUAACAAAGAUAUUCAAGAAUGUAAUUGCCACUGAUACUAGCCAAAAACAACUUCAAUAUGCUCCCAAGCUCCCAAAUGUUCGAUAUCGGUCUACAUCUCCAGCCAUGUCAGCAGAAGAGCUCGAAAGGGAUGUUGCUAAACCAGAUACUGUGGACCUGGUGACCAUUGGCCAAGCCAUCCAUUGGUUUGAUCUUCCUACUUUCUUCCAGCAAGUGAAAUUGGUACUGAAGAGACCUCAGGGAGUAAUAUCAGCUUGGUGCUACACUACCCCACAGGUGAAUGAUAGAGUUGAUGCUGUGUUUACACAGUUUUACUUUGUUGAUUCCAGGCCUUAUUGGCACCCUGGAAGAAAUCUGGUGUUUGACAAGUAUGAAAGCAUGGAAUUUCCAUUUUUGCCAGUAGAUGGAGCUGAGCAAACUGGGCCAUUUGAAUUCAUAACUGAAAAAUUGAUGGAUUUGGAUGAUUAUCUUCGGUAUGCAAAAUCAGGUUCAGCAUAUCAAACAGCACUGGAGAAGGGUAUCGAUCUCUUGAGCGAGGAUGUGAUUGAGGAAUUUACGUCUGCUUGGAAUGAAGAUGGCAGCAAUCAAAAGAGCGUUAAAUUCCCUGUUUAUCUCAGGAUUGGCAAAGUGGGAAAGUAAAUUAUUUGGCUUCUCCUGGGUUCAUACUUCAUAAUAGAUAAUUAAUCCCAUAUCAUUUGCUGGCGGAAAUUAAGGUUAAGGCCUCAGUAAAUUUAGCUUUUGUCCUCUGUCACCAGACAUUUUCUUCAGUGGAAUGGGUUAGGUUUUA